AUGACAGAUUUAUCUUCAGCAGAGCGCAAGCGCAUACGUGAUAGACGCGCCCAAAAGACUCUCCGCGCAAAGAAGGAGAACUAUACAGCUCAGCUGGAGGCGAAAGUAGCCCACUGCGAACAACAUCACACCGAUCAAGGCGUCCAACAGCUUCUUGGAAUUGUCAAAAGCCUCCGCAAUCAAAAUGAGAUCCUUGUGGCGCGCCAAAAGGCGUUGAAGUCGAUGAUCAUCUCAUGGGAUGACAGGAUCGAAGAUACAGGAGCUUGUAAUGUUUGGAUGACUCAAGGCGUGAACGGUAAAGCCUUCGAGCCAAAUCUCGCUCCCACACAAUCCAACAUGUCUGGCUCCACGCCUCAGAGUGUGGAAGUGCACUCAUCUGAUGUGAACACACCAUCAAUACCAAUAAGCUCACCGUUGCCGUCAUCGUCUACUCGUCCACAAUGGAACCAACUCCCGCUCUAUGCUGACGACUUUUCCAAUCUCAAGACCGUCUCCUGCCCAUGGUUCUUUCACAUAGAACAAAUCAUGGACUGUCCAGAUACGCCUGCCUCACCGUUGGAAAUUCUUUACGGCAGCAAGACAAACCCAUUGGCAGACAUGAUCCACAGGGCACUAGAAAGACGACCAAUUCGUGAGCCAGAGAGGUUAGCCAUGGGCUGGAUAGCGUACCAUUUCUCAAGAUGGAUCGUCGCACCCAGUCCAAAGACCUUUGCAGCCCUUCCUUUCGGCCUGCAGCCCGUUGAAGAACAAUUGCAGAUUAAGCAUCCUCUCGCGCUAAGCUGUAUUCCCUGGCCGAAAGUCAGAUCCAACAUGAUUCGACAAUGGCUGCUUUAUGAUAAUGAUCGCGAGGGAUUAUUUGGCAUGCUUGCAUGCUGUAUUAAGAUCCGGUGGCCAUGGGGCGUGAAGGUUCUCGAGCGCGAUGAAAAUGAUGAGCUUUGUAUCAAGCCUGCUUUUUAUGAGAUAUUCAUGAAGGAGGAGGGUUGGGGUAUUACGCCGGAAUUUCUGAGCAAGUAUCCGAGUCUGACGGAUGGCGUAGACCUUAACUCGCUUGUUUUUACCAUGGCUUGA